AUGCAAGAGAAAUUGCUUGGGGGAGAGUUUCCAGAGGACAACGUGACUGGAUUUUGCUACGGUUUCAGACCUCGGUACGAAAAAUGAUCAAGGGACAAUGUUACUAUAUGGGACUUAUUGAUGUGGAGGAAAGGGUGGCAAUACCGAUAGACCAAAGCUCUGUCACCCAAACUUACAGGAUAGGGGACAGGGAGUCACACUUAAAACCUCUUUUUAACAAAAGCAGUGGGUCCUGGAGUAUGGGAAGGACGCAAUUCACAAAGAUUUUUCAGUUUAAAGACUUCAACCAGGCAUUCAGCUUCAUGACCCGUGUAGCACUGCUGGCUGAGAAGAUGGAUCAUCAUCCAGAAUGGUUCAAUGUCUACAACAAAGUCAAGGUCACACUGUGGAGUCACGAUGUUCAGGGGCUGAGUCAGCGGGACAUCAAGAUGGCCACUUUCAUGGAGACUGUCGCUGCAUCCUUGGCAGCUUAAAUAACGGAGAUAAUAAUAUAUGUGUGAUAUUUUCUAUUGUUUUAUUUUUAGAAUAUAAUAUAAUGUUAAUUUACAAACCUA